CCGGCAAGUAACUGAGAAAGGCUUUAAUCAGCCUUAGACUAUCACUUAUGCAGCACUGGCAAGCUCUGCAACCUUUUAGGCAACCAACCCGUCAUAUUCUCUCGCAUUACGCUCAAUACCGCGUUUCUCGAUAUUAGGUCCUCUCUCUUUAUUUUCCUCCUCAUGAAGAGAAAUUUAUCUCACAUUUUCCUAGCCAGGCUACAAAGGUUGGCACUGCUUUACCCUCAACAUCCCUCCGCUUUCACUUGUGAGUUCGUCUCAUCUUUCUCCUUUCUUCCAGCUAACUCUGGUUCAGCUUUUUGGAAGACCAUGUCUGCUCCUCCGGCAGACACUCAACCCCCAGAUGCCAUGUCGCGUCGCGUACCUUUAUCCGAGUCUGUUUCUGAGUGCGGCCACGAUUUGGAUCUCAAUAUGUUCAGAACAAAAUGGGAAAACUGCAACGACGAUCGCAAGAGAAGAUGGCGCAGAACCCAGGUCUAUAACGUCCUGAAAUCUUUCGGAAAAGCCAAGAGCGUCAUGUCGGAUCGAGCAAUCCAUGAGCUGUGCGAGUAUCUAAAGAGAGGCAAAUGGAACAGCACUGCAAGAAAUGCCAGUGGACAUCCUUGCUACAAGCAUUUCAAGGGCACAUCGCCAUAUCCCUCGCCCUUCUCUGGACCAUACUAUCCCUACUUCUUUAUCAUUCAGGCUCUGUUUCCGUAUAGCGAAGCUCUCAAGGGAAUAUAUCGGGACCUGUCAGACCUGUGGGAGAUGGAUAUCAAUCCCACCAGACCCUUCUACCCACGUCUUGCUGACUCCGAGCGAGAGUUCUUUCUCAUCAUGGGCCAGAGACCCAGUGCUCAGGUCCCGGGUCCCGGACCUCUUACCAUGUCGUCCGUGGGCCAGCCUCAGUCUCCUGAAGUUAAAGCUGAGCAGGACAAUGAUGAAGAUUAUCAUACUCCCAAGCGUACAGCUCAGCCAGAGAUGUCUAUCAACAACAAUGGAGAACAACUCACCAGCAUUCGAAGUGACAUCGAACAAGGCCCCUCCGAGUUUCAACCUCAGCUUCACAAGGACACCACCGGAAGUUAGGAUGUUUCCGAUCAACGUCUUCAUGAACUGGGAGAAAAAGCGCAGGAAAUUCGCCGCCUUGCUAUCAAGACACAGAAGCACGCAAAUGCUGCUUUCAAGCUCGCAGGCGCCCUCAUCGAGGACCUCGGCCCACCUACUGAACAUUCCCCUGAUGUUAUCUCGGAAAAGGAACGACCCAGCAAGCGAGUUCGCGAGAACAAAGAUGCCGAAGGACGAGGAAGAAAGUUAAUUUUGGUGGAAACCGUGAAGUCCUGUUCAAGGCACAGGAUUUCUUUUGGUAGCAUCACGGAUGCGGCAUAUCAUUAAGGCUGCUCCGGAGGGGAAUAGGAGAGCCGCUUAUGAGACACAGGAAGAUGUAUGAAAGUGUUCAGCAUAGCUAUCAACAAUCCAGAGAUAAC